CAGCUUUGAGCCAAAAUUAUGUCGGCACCAUCGUUCUCCUCUUUCCCCGCAUUCAACACAUUUCCCGAUCUCGACCCUGGACCCAGCACCCGCACAUCGACCUCGAAGGAGGACAAGCGCAAGGAUGAUGACAAGAAGCACCAUAAGAAGAGCAAACGGGAUGAUGGAGGCCUUGACUCGGAUGGAGAUCGUAAGAAGAAGAGGCAUAGGCAUGACAAGCAUAGGCGGGAGGACAGGACGGAAGUCCGUGACAAGUAUAAACGAAGGAGUCGAUCUCCAGCGAGACAUAAAGGCUAUGGCGGCAGCGACGACGAACGCGGGAAAGACGUAGAAGACCGCAAGCACCGUCAUGAUGACCCUCAGGUCUCGGGCGUGAAGCAGGGUUUAGUAUACUUCACAGACCGAAAGGGCGACUUGCUGAACGUGCGGUACGGCGGCUUGCAUGCCGGGGACAUUCCCAAGCACCGUCUGGUGGACAGGGGGCGGAAGGUUCUCGGGUUGAGUCCCGGUCUCUGUGUCCUCCACCGCGGGCGCGGAGGCGUCGAAGUCGGGUUGCCUGGAGGCAGGCGCAGGAUGCCCGAGCUCACCGAUUCCAGCGUGCGCCGCAUGCUUGCCUCGGCGCCCACUCAUAGGCUACUGGCUUCGGCAGAGAACAAAUUCAAGUACGAAGAAGAGGACGGCUUCUUGCGCAUUGCCACGAACCGGCCACGGAAAGACGAGCAGUCCUACCGGGAAAUCGAGCUCACGAAGCAGCGCGACCCGGACUCCGACCAGUCCGAAUCUUCCGAAGAGAGCGCGAGCUCUGCCGACGAAUCGGACACGACGCCCUUGACGUCGUUGCAGAUGACACUCAAGGGCCUCGAGGAGAGGCUUACCGCGAAGCCGGAUGACGUUCCUGCAUGGCUCUCCCUACUGGCGCAUACCCUCACUACGGUUCCGAGCACGACGAAGAACGCGUCGAGAGCACGCGCAGAAAUCACCAUAUCUGUGCUCUCGCGCGCAUUGUCCGCGCAUCCAGCCAAUGCUCGCUCCAAGACUUUGCGUUUGAGGUACAUGAAGGCAGGGGAAGAGCUCUGGCAAGGCGGCAAGCUCAAGGAGGAAUGGGAAGACGCUGUUCAAGUCAACGAUAUCGAGAUUUGGAUGGCUUGGCUGGACUGGAGAGUGCGCACAACGAACAGCAUUCUCACGAGCAUGGUGGAUGACUCCGCCAGAGUCUUGCGUGCGCUGACGUCCAAUCAAGACGAAGUUGGGCCACUCAGAGUGUUUUGGAGGGUUGCCGUUGCCCUAAGAGAUGCAGGAUACGUGGAACGCGCCAACGCACUAUUCCAAGCGCAGGCCGAAUUGUUGUACCACACGCCCUCUGCCCUAUCUGGCAAGUCAUUCGAAGACCAGCUGAAUAGUCUCGAAGAGUUCUGGGACUCCGAAGUACCGCGCGCAGGCGACCCAGGUGCUACAGGUUGGGCGACCUGGGAAGCUUCCAACCGUCCUGAUCUAUCACCCCCGCCAUCUACCAAGCUUCCAGACCUCGACUCCCGAAUCUCCGAUCCAUACUCGAAAUGGGCUGCAUCAGAAGCCCUCGCAGACCGUAUCCGUGUGCUCUCCUUGCGCUCCACCGACGAUGAGGACAGUGAAGAUCCAUACGCCGUCGUUCUCUUCUCCGACAUCCGGUCCUUUCUCGUGCCUGUGCGCUCCGAGCACGCGAAGGAAAUCUUCCGCCGAGUCUGGCUUGAAUUCGUGGGGCUGCACGUCCCCGGCUUCCUUGUGUCUCUCUCGGAGCGCCCUACGGAGAAUGCGGACGACCGUUGGGCUUACACGCAUCUUGCGACCUCGUCGUACCUCACUUCUAUCUUCCCUGCGGAUACUGCCGCGAAACGGAUCACUGCGGAUGCCCAUGCAGGAGUACUGGUGGGGCACGAACGGGAGUACGGGAGCGGCUUUGGCCCCGUGAAGAGUUGGGGCUAUGGCACCAUCGAGCCUCUCGAUAACCUCGGGCAAGGCCGGUGGACGAUGUGGACGAGCGAGGACGUUCAGGGUGUCGAUGCAAGUCUCGUCCGUGAGAUAUUCAAGCAAUGCCGGAUAGCCCGGGAUGCCGUGGAAUGGGAUAUCCUAAACCUCGCAUUCGAGGCCGCCAUGGAUACCAAGGGUGCGCUGAAAGUCUCCAAGGCGCUACUCGGCGGUGCGCGAGAUUCACUGCCACACUGGGCGGCACACGCGCGCCUGGAAUGCCUCCGCGGCCGCCACGGCGAUGCUCGCAAAGUCUACCAGACGGUCCUGACGGCCUCGUCGGAGCACCGUCCCGGCGAGGGCGCCUUGUGGUGGGACUGGGCGCAGAUGGAAUGGCUGUCCCGUAACGACGACGCGGCGCUGGCGGUCAUAUUACGGUCUUCUGGAGUAGCGGGCACCGGCGGCAUCGCUGUCUUGCGCGCAAAGAGGCACUUUGAGAGCCUCCUGAUGACGGAGCUGCUCCGUGCGCAUUGGAAGGAACGCGCGCCGUGGAUUAAGAUCGCGGUACUCCUGGAGCUGUUGACAUCGACAGCACAAUCGGCGAUGACGCUCCUCGAUUUCUACCUGAACGCGCUCGAAGACGGGUCGGCGGCACAUGAAAGUUUGACUGUGGCGUCGCUCGCACUACUGUACAACCACUCCAUCGUCCUCAAGAACCCGUCGCCUCCUGCACUGCUACGAGAGCGCGCGGAACGCGCCAUCGAGGAGUACCCGGGCAACACGGCGGUAUUGGGCGUCUUCCUUGAAGCAGAGAAAGGGCAGGGUAUCUGGGGACGAGUGCGCGCUACGCUAGGAGAGACAGCGGCGGACGGGACCGGGAAGGAGAAGGACCUCGCAAGGCGAGUUGCGGAGGUCUGGGUGGCGGGCUGGGAGAAGGGACGUUGGGAAGCGGAAAUUGAGCGCACCCGAGGCGGGCUGUCUGCCGCUGCAGAGGAUGAGAGGACGCGGGGGAGCGCGAUUUUAUGGAAGCUGUUCGUCGCGUUUGAACUACGUGCGGGGCAGCCGGAGCGGGCGAAGAAGGUUCUAUUUCGCGCGGUGGGAGAAUGUCCGCUGGUAAAAGAACUGUACCUGCUCGCAUUCGGGCCGUUGCGAGCAGCCUUUAGCGCGCGAGAGCUGGAUGGGUGGGCGGACACGAUGGCGGAGCGGGGAGUGCGGAUGCGAGUUGGGCUGGACGAGGCUGUGGGGGAAUGGAGGGAGAAUGGGGGCGAUGUGCGGAGAAUUAAUGAAGAGGGCGGGGAGGACGAGGACGACGAGAUCGAGUCGAGCGCCCGGGAGCUGCGGCGGCUCAUGCCGUACUAAUGUAAUAGGCGCCGGUUGGGUGCUGUAUUAUUGCGUGUU